AUGACGAGCGAAGAGAGCGGAAACGGUGUCGGAGGAGACCUCGAGAAGAAGAGCAAGGUCGACGAGUGGAAGGCUUACUUCCUCGAGCAUGGCCUCACCCCGACAGAUCUAGCCAAGGCGCUGGUGGUGCAUGAGACGGUAGGGAUUUCCUGGCUUGCUGGCAGCUGGGGUUUGUGUUAUGCGGUGCAGCCCAUCAGGCGGCUGGGUUCGAGAUACUUCCAGCAGAACAUUGACAAGUUCUUCGACAAGGCAUUCACGAAGCUGCAGCCUGUCUUCCGAUGGAGCGCCAGGUUUGCUCUCGUCCGGUCGAUGGACAAGCAGCGGCUCAUCAUGUCACUUGCGGAGUCUUCCAUCCUCCGCAACGCCGCGCGUCCAGUGACUGUGCCUCUGAAGCUGUGGGUUGCGGUACAGGUUGUUCUGAUGACGAAGAAACGAUGA